AAACUACGAGCUCUUUACUUGCUUCUUGCCGGUAUUCAUUUGUAUAUUUAAGUAGCUAUAUGCGCACCGGCUUCCAGACGCUUCAAGUGUUUAUUAUUAUUUGAUGGUAUAUUGAAAAUUUUGUUAACAUAAAUAUAUACAAGUUAUAAGAAUGCGCUUGCGAAUUAAGGGCAAGCUACACGUAUAAAAGCUCGGCUGUUUCUCAACGAUUUAUUUUCGAUUGUAACGUGAGCGACUGCCAUCUUAUUUUUCGUACGUAUUAUUACCUAUUUGAUGUGAGUAUAUAUUAUUCCACUGAAGACUAUAUCUAUCUUAGUAAUAUAUUAGCGAAUAUGUUCGCGAAAAAAAAGAUUUUUAAGUGAACAACGAAACAGUACAUAAGCUGCUACAUGUCAAAAACGUAUUGCUGCUUAUACAAAUGUGGUCAAAAUUUUUGUGUAAAAUGCCAAGGGAUUUGGAUCUGCUUUUCACUAUUUUUAUCUUAAUUUUGGUUACUAAUACUACCAUGGGGUACUCUCGUAGGUGGUUUGAUACACAUAUGAUGACUAAUAUUUCGCAUGCAGCAGUGCCUCAAAGAAUAGAUAUGUCGGAGUCUAUCUCCAUUCGUCGUAAAAUCUUAUCUAAAGGAAAUUAUGAUAUUACUAACAGAAAGGAUGGCAAAAUAAUUUUUCCAUCAGAUGACACGGAUAAUCAACCGCAGAGAUACGUACCAGAACCAUCCCCCAUCUGCGAAAACUCUACAUUUUGUGAAAAUAUUUUAAAUUAUCCAAACGAUUUAGUGGAAACAGCUUUAAGAAUGAAUAAAAAUUUGAAAUUCCUUCCGGGAGUAGAUUUAGUACCUGAUGUAGUACAUCGAGUUAAUGUACCACCAGAAGAUUAUCCAUUAUGCGAUUCUAAAGAAAUGGUUAUUUAUCCAAAGGCCGCUAAGAAUCAAGAUAAAGAAUGGAUUUUUGUUAUUAAUCAAGGCGAUUUCAUUCAAAGCGUUCGAGUGGAAACAUGUGUAAAAGAAAAUAGUGUAUGUAAUUUAGUCGAUGACUUUGCGGAGGGUUAUAAAACUACGUGCAAGCAGAAAUAUAUUUAUAGACAGUUGAUGGCUAUAUCCUCGACCGGUCAGAUCAAGCCAGAAGUAUUUAAAUUUCCUGUAAGCUGCUGUUGUCACGUUAAAUUUACAGGAAACCCUCUUAUUCGGAUGGGUUUAGGUGUCAAUAAGAAAAAGGAAUUUUCAGCCUUAAAUUCACGAAAGAAAUAAAAAUAUCUUCAAUUUUUCUAAAUUUCCAC